AUGUUGCUUCUGCGUACGACGUUGACAGCUUUCUCAACGCUAUCAUCAACGACGCUCACAUCUUACUAUCAGAAUGAGGCCACCAUAUCAGACAGCGUCUUCGCUGAGAGCGGCCGCACGUCACUUCACAGCAGGGCAAUCCUUGAUCGCAGCAUCGUCAGCGACACCAGCAUCAUCUGUUCCUCGCCUUACAUCAUCAUCCCUCGCUACCUUCAAUUCCAUUCCCCACAAAACACUGUUCCCCACCACAACCGCAAGGCUCGCAUCCUCUUCAUCAUCAUCGCCGUCAUCGUCUUCCUCUUCUUCCGCAUCAUCUCCUGCCGGACCCCCAACCUCGAAAGGUCCGAUCCGGGACGAAUCCUGUCCAAACUCGAUCGCACCAAGUUCUUCCUGCAACAAGUCGCACCCGCCCAACCGUCGCGCACCACCGUCCCCUACGACCCCUCGUCCCCACCCGCUCACCCCGUCGAUCCAUCGCUGCUCGUCCAGUACGCGAUCUGCAAACUCAUCGACAAAAAAGAAGAAUUCGAUCGACUGCGCAACCUCAAACGCAAAUCUCAAGAAACCUCUUCCUCCACAUCGAGCGCUACCAGUAGUAGCGGCGGAAGUUCCAGCAAAGAAGUCCAGCUCACCUGGAGCGUAAGCCCCAACGAUCUAAGCCACAAACUCGGCAAAGCCAAGAAGGAGCUCCUCAAAGGCGCCAGGAUCAACGUCGUGAUCUCGACCAAACCAGGGGGGAGGAAGUAUAUCAAAGGGUUGAAUUUGGAGGUGGACGAGAAGAGACAGAGGUUGUUGGACGAUGUCGAGGUGUUUUUGUGCACGGAGAAGGAGGAGAAGAGACAGGAGGUGGCAGUAGAGACAGAGGCAGAGACAGCAGCAGAGGUCAGGAUCGCAAGGAGACUGGGAGAGGUGGACUGGCAAAGAGGUGGAUCGGCAGCUGUAAUGUCUUUCGAGUGUUUUAGACGGUAG